AUGGAAUUAUUCACCUUUGCUUUGGCCCUUCUGGUCGGAGCUCUUGUUGUCAACGCCUUAUGGCGAUGGCGGCUCGACUGGAAAUCGUUGUUUAAGACUAGAAAACUUCCUCCAGGUCCACCAAGGUGGCCUAUAGUUGGCAAUCUUCUUCAAUUAAGCUCACUCCCACAUAGGGACUUAGCUUCCUUAUGUGACAAAUACGGUCCACUAGUGUACCUCCGGCUCGGUAAGGUAGAUGCCAUCACCACGAAUGACCCAGAUAUCAUACGUGAAAUACUUCUUCGCCAAGACGAAGUCUUUGCUUCUAGGCCACGAACCCUAGCUGCCGUCCACCUUGCCUAUGGGUGUGGUGAUGUUGCCUUGGCUCCCUUAGGCCCGCAUUGGAAACGUAUGAGAAGAAUAUGUAUGGAGCAUUUACUAACAACAAAAAGGCUUGAAUCAUUCGCGAAACACCGAGCCGAUGAAGCUCAACAUUUGGUGCGAGAUGUAUCGGCCCGAGCCGAGAACGGGCAGCUCGUGAACCUAAGGGAAGUAUUGGGUGCGUUUUCGAUGAACAACGUGACUAGGAUGUUACUAGGGAGGCAAUAUUUCGGGGCCGUAUCCGCCGGCCCAAGUGAAGCCAUGGAGUUCAUGCACAUAACACAUGAAUUGUUUUGGCUCUUAGGUGUGAUCUAUUUGGGGGAUUAUUUGCCCAUUUGGAGGUGGGUGGAUCCUUAUGGAUGUGAGAAAAGGAUGAGGGAAGUGGAGAAAAGAGUGGAUGAUUUUCAUGAAAGGAUCAUUGAAGAACAUAGGAGGGCAAGGGAAUUGAAAAACAAAGGAUAUGGAAAGGAUGAUGAUUAUGGUGAAGAAAUGGAUUUUGUUGAUGUUUUAUUGUCAUUACCUGGUGAAGACGGAAAUCCUCAUAUGGAUGAUACUGAUAUCAAAGCUCUAAUUCAGGAUAUGAUAGCUGCGGCAACAGAUACAUCGGCUGUGACCAACGAAUGGACCAUGGCGGAAGUAAUAAAGCAUCCGCGUGUCCUCCGCAAAAUCCAAGAUGAGCUCGAUUCAGUCGUGGGUCCCAACCGAAUGGUCAACGAAUCCGAUCUACCGCACCUUAACUACCUACGCUGCGUAGUACGUGAAACAUUUCGCAUGCAUCCGGCCGGACCGUUUUUAAUCCCACACGAGUCCCUUCGGGCCACGACCAUCAACGGCUUUUACAUCCCGGCUAAGACACGUGUCUUCAUCAACACCCAUGGGCUGGGCCGAAACACUAAAUUAUGGGACGACGUUGAAUCGUUCAGGCCCGAGAGGCAUUGGCUGGCUGACGGCGCUCGAGUCGAGAUCAGCCACGGAGCCGAUUUCAAAAUCCUGCCUUUCAGCGCCGGGAAAAGGAAAUGUCCCGGUGCGCCACUUGGAGUGACGCUGGUGCUCAUGGCUUUGGCUCGGCUCUUUCAUUGCUUUGAUUGGGCUCCCCAGAAUGGUAUGAGGCCCGAAGAUAUAAAUACGAUGGAAGUUUAUGGGAUGACUAUGCCCAAAGCCGAGCCGUUAAUGGCUAUGGCUAAGCCGCGCUUGGCAGACCACGUCAUGUUUUAGAAAAAAAUUUAAAUAAAUUUGGUAAUAUUCAAAGAAUAAUAAAUUUUAGUU